AUGACAGAAUCAAAGAUAUCAUUUGAGGAUGUGGCUGUAGACUUCUCCUGGGACGAAUGGCAGCUGCUUAGCCCUACUCAAAAGGGUUUAUACAGAGAUGUGAUGUUGGAGAACUACAGCAGCCUUGUCUUCUUGGGUAAUCAAACCAUCAAACCUGAUGUAGCUUUCAAGCUAGACCAGCAAGAGUCAUGGAUUAUGGAUGAAGAAAUCCUAAGUCAAAACUUUUUAGAAAUCUGGCUAGACAGUUAUUCUGAACAAUGGCCUCAAGAUAAACAAGACAAGCUUAUUAAAAGAAUGGAGAGUGGCAAUGGAGAUAACGUUUUAGAGGAAAUAUGUCAGCCAAGAAUGAACUCUGUUUAUUUAGAAAUGAGAUUCCAUAUAUGUGGUACAUGUGAAAGGAGUCUAAAAAAUCCUUUAAAUUUUUUUAUUCUAAAAAGUAACUGUGGAAGAAAAAAAAGUAAAGUCAGUAAGAAAUUGUUAUUUUAUCUAAAAUUUGACAGACCCUACAGUAAAAGAAAACCUCACGAGUGUAACGAGUAUAGAAAAGCAAGCAGUAAUGAGUUACAGCUCGUUACAAAUCAAACGACACAUCCAGGAAUCUUUUUAUGCAUGGAAUGUGGUAGAAUUUUUAACAAGAAAUCACAGCUUAUUGUACAUCAGAGAAAUCAUACAGGAGAGAAGCCCUAUCAGUGCAAUGAAUGUGGAAAAACUUUUGCACAAAAGUCCUUGCUCGCUCUUCACCAAAAGACUCACUCAGUAGAAGAACCAGAUGGUUGUGAUGAACGUCAGAAGGCUUUCAUCAGGAAGUCUCUGGUCAUUCAGCAACAGAGAACUCAUACUGGACAGAAACCCUGUACACAUGGAAAAGCCUACAGUAGGAAAACACAGCAAAACAGGCAGGAGAUGAUUCACACAAUAAAUAAACCUUAUCGUUGUAGUGACUGUGGGAAAGCUUUCUCUCAGAAAUUGAAAUUUAUCAUUCAUCGAAGAAUACAUACAGGAGAAAAAAACUAUAAAUGUAGUGAUUGUAGAAAAACUUUCUUUUGGAAUUCACAACUUAUUACUCAUCGGAGGUCACAUAGAGGGAAGAAACCCUGUGUAUGUAGUGAAUGUAAAAAACCCUUCAGGAGGAACUCACUUCUCAUUAGGCAUCAAAGGAUUCACACAGGAGAGAAACCACAUAGAAGCAGGGAAUGUGGUGAGGCCUUCAUCAGAAAGCCACAACUUGCUAAACAUUGUAUGACCCAUACAGGAGAGAACUAUCAGUGUUAUGACUGUGAAGAAGCCUUUUUCAAGAAGUCACAGCUCCUGACACAUGAAAAAAGUCACUUAGCAGAGAAACCACAUAGGUUUGCUGAGUAUGGAAAAACAUUCCCUGAAAAGUCACAGCUCCUGACACAUCAAAAAAAUCAUUUAGUAGAGAAACCACAUAGGUGUGCUGAAUGUGGAAAAACAUUCCCUGGAAGGUCAUCGCUCCUGACACAUCAGAGAACUCACACUGGGGAGAAACCUUACAAAUGCAAUGAGUGUGGAAGGGCCUUUUCCCAGAGGUCAAGCAUAGUAUCACACCAGAGAACACAUACGGGUGAGAAACCCUGCAAAUGCAGUGAGUGUGGGAAAGCCUUCACUGAGAAGUCGAGCCUCCUUCAUCACAAGAGAACCCACACUGGGGAGAAGCCCUUUGAAUGCGGUGACUGUGGGAAAGCCUUUGCGUGGAAGCCACAGCUCCUUCGGCAUCAGAGGAUUCACACAGGGGAGAAACCCUUUGAAUGCAGUGAGUGUGGGAAAGCAUUUGUUCAAAAGGUGCAACUCGUUAAGCAUCAGAGACAUCAUACAGGGGAGAAGACCUAUAAAUGCAGUGAUUGCGAAAAAGCUUUUUUUGAAAAGACACAGCUUAUGAUCCAUCAGAAAAUCCAUACGGGAGAGAGGCCUUAUACUUGUGGUCAGUGUGGGAAAUCUUUCACUAGAAAAUCACAUCUAAUGAGGCAUGAGCCAAUUCAUACAAGAGAUAAGUGCUAUAGGUGCAGUCAGUGUGGUAGUAUUUUCAACAAGAAGUCACACCUUAUCAAACAUCAAAAAGAUCAUAUAAUAAAGGCCAUAUAA